CCUGCUGCUUUUUCACGGGGUCCUCCUGCGGGGGCGCGCGGUGCACGGGGGUCCCGACGCACUGUGCGCCUGUUGGCUAGGGGCCCGUGGUGAUGGCGGCCGAGACGGGGGUUCCAGGAGCUCGCUCCCCGCGUCGGCGGCCCCGGCCCUGCCUGUUAGCCGUGAGCGCAGAAGUGCAGCUAGCUGGAAGGGGUUAUCGCUUAAGAAUGGAAGAGGAUGCAGAUUAUAUCCGAUCUAGUUCUGUGUAUUUCAUUAAUGAUCACAUCGGAUUUCACGGCACUAUAAAAAACUCACCAAAGGACUUUAUUGUUACUGAGAUUGAUGAAAAGGGACAGUUAGUCAGUAAGCCCAUUGAUGAGCUUACUACUGAAAGCCACAUUGCUAAGCCACAUAAUUUUGCCAAAAAGCCAAAACUGGAUCUUAAAAAUUCAUCUGUUGAUGAUGGAAAUAAAGAAGUUGACACUUCGGCUAGGUGCUCUGAUGGUGACCCAGGUGACCAGUGUGAUUCAGACCAGGAGGAUAGCCUCAGUGGUGCCACUUCUGAGUGUAAAGGAGAAACAGCUGAUGCACUAAGCUCGUAUUUAGAUGAAAAAACAAAUGAACUCUUGAGUCAGUUCGCCCUUGAAACUAAAGAGAAGUGGAACGCUGGAACUGAGCAAGUCGGACCACCUUCUGAGUUGUUCUUAGGCAUGAUUUCUGGCAAAAGGCGCAGGGUUGCUUUACAUAGUGCUAUUACACAGAAAUUUCCUUUUUUACUAACUACAAUAAAAACCUGUAAAGUUGUUGUAAGACCAAAUCUUAGGUAUAAAGAACUCUGUGACUUGGUGUCUGAAGAAGAAGCAUCUGGCUUUUUUAAAUAUUUGGGUGCAAAGAAAGAAAAUUCCAGGUUUGCUUUUAAGCCUGAUACAAACAAAGAGCGCAGAAGAGCUGUCCACCAUUUUGUAAAUGAAAGGUUUGGGCGCUUGUUGGAAACCGAGUCUUCUGAAUUGGGUUGCUGUGACGGGGAUCAGAAAUUGGUGUUGACAGUAAGAUUUCGUGAAGAAACCCACAGCCACAAGAAGAGUUCUCGGGAGAAAGUUGCACAUACAGCUUUUACCCUACGAAAGGAAAAUGUGGACAUGUUUGAAGCAAUUGAUCAUUUAGCUGCCAAACUUGGUGUGAUUCCUCCGGAUUUUAGUUACACAGGCCUUAAAGACAAGAAAGCCAUAACCUACCAAGCCAUGGUUGUUAGAAAAGUGACUCCUGAGAGGUUGAAAAGUAUUGAAAAAGAAAUUGGAAAGAAGGGAAUGAAUGUGUUUAAUGUCCGAUCUGUGAAUGCAGCUCUGAGACUUGGUCAACAAAAAGGAAAUCACUUUGACAUUGUCAUCAGGAAUGUAAGAAAUUGGAACGGUGAUCCUGUGAACCUGAGAGAGAGGAUUUUGGAGGCCAUAGAAAACGUGAAGGAUAAUGGCUUUGUGAAUUACUAUGGUCCCGAGAGGUUGGAGAAGGAAAGGAAUGUUCACGCUGACCAAAUUGGAUUGGCUUUGUUGAAGGAGGAGAUGGUGAAGUCUGUAAAACUGUUUCUUAGUCCCGAAGACGUGGAUGAUCCUGUAAACAGAGCAAAGAAAUAUUUUCUUCAAACCGAGGAUGCUAAGGGCACACUUGAGCUGAUGCCUGCGUUCAGAGUUCGAGAGAGAGAGCUGUUGGAGUUGCUUCAUCGCUUCAGCCUGACAGAGGAAGGCUGUACCAAUGUGUGGUACUGUCUUCCCUACCACGUGCGCACGGUCUAUGUCUACGCUUACAUCAGCCGAGUCUGGAACGAGGCCGCAUCCUACAGGCUUGAGGCCUAUGGAACCCGCGUGGUGGAGGGCGACCUGGUGUGUCUGGACGACGUCCUUGACCAGGAGCAUUGCCCAAACAGUAAAGUUCAUCUGGUAACCAAGGAAGAGGAAUUGGCUAACACAUAUACAAUAUAUCAGGUGGUUCUCCCAGUGCUUGGCCACAGUACUCAGUACCCAGGGAACCUGGUGGGGCAGUGGUACCAGGAGCUGCUGAGCAGAGACGGGCUACAGACAUGCAGCUUCAGAGUGCCUGCUCUGAAUCUGAAUAUGCCAGGGUGCUACCGGCAGAUCCUGAAGCAGCCCCACAACCUCUGCCACCAGCUCCUGGAGGACCCCAGCUCUGGGGUCAGCAGGGAAGACCCUGCCGGCAGUGCAGUGCCUUUAUGUCUUUGCAUCUCUUUUGACCUUGACGCUUCCUGUUGUGCUACAGUCUUCCUGAAGGAAAUGAUGAAGCAUGACAUUUGAAACUGUCCUGUCUGUGUCGGCUCUGCUGCGACCUUGACCACAUAGCAUCUUCAGGGGCUGACCUUAGGCACCACAGCUUCCGGAGCCCAAGGAACCCAUGAGUGUCCAUGCCUGGAUCUGAGAGCCAUCUCUCACCACAACUUGUGCUCCCUGUUAAGUGGUGCUUCCAUGGCCUUUAUUUGCUGUUAGGAGAAUUACACUCUUUAGAAAUCCUUAGAAACAUCCAAAACCAUGAGAUAAGGUUUAAGGGGAAUUGAGGGGAAGUAAAGUUGGUGUCCUGUAGCUUCUUACUUAGAAUCCUGGUGUACCUAGGUGGCAGUGCAAGCAAGCAUCUUCUGGGGAGAAUGAGCAGUCUGCUCAUUCCUGUGUCCUCACCUGGCUCUGUAGGGCAGGGCCAUCCCAGUAUUCGCGAUGGCCACCCCAAGAUAGGUAUCAUCCCUUUGAGACAAAGACUGAAAUAAAAUUUUUCAUACUGUUCUGCGUCUUGACAUAGACUGGCUCUGUUUACUUCUGUUGUUUCUAGUUUGUAAGACAGAUAGACUUUGCUUAAACAGGUCUGUGCUCAGACCCUGACUCAUGACUUUGGGUGUGUUAGUUUCAGAAGCCAGAGGACUCUACCUUCAUAAGUCGCAAGUGGUAGGACUGUCUCCACCUGCGAAGUUGCUAAGGGAAUAAAACAUUUCGCUUAUUUAACAGUUUGAGUGUUUGGUGAUUUAACUAUCAUCCUUAGCCAUUUGGUGUCUGUUGAACUUGGGGGAGCAGUGACUGGUGUGCAUGGACUGGGAAGACAGUGUUCUUCCAUUGCUGGUGGUAUGAUGCCAUCAUACAGAGUGGUACCCAUCAGCAGUGUGGCAUUUGCAUAGGCUUAGGUCAGCCAAGCCAAUGGGGAUAUUCACAUGAGGAAAUAAAAUUCAAAAGAAGAACCAAAAACUAUCUUUAGUGCAAAAUUUGCUUAUUGCAGCACUUUAAUAUAUAAUGAAAGAAAUUGGAAAUGGUUUCCAAGACCUUAUAAAAUAACCAGAGGAAGUGAAGUGAAAUGCAUCACAGCGUGAUAACAGACGUCAUUUAAAGUGGUUGUUACACUGGGCUACGACACUGCUUCAAUACCAGCAGCAUCCCAUAUUAGAGCUCCUGUUCAAGUCCUGGCUGCUCCCAUCCAGUCCAGCUCCCUGCUAAGGUUCCUGGGAAGACAGCCUGUAAUGGCCCAAGUACUUGGGCCCCUCCUACCCACAGAGGAGCCCAGGAUGGAGUUCCUGGCUUCUGCCUUUAACGUGGCCACUUGGGGAUUGAAUCAGCAGAUGGAAGAUGCCUCCCUGUCUUUCUCUUUCCCUCUUUCUCUGCUUUAUAAAUAAAUAAAUGAUUCCUUGAAAUGAUGACGAAGGAUUUAAUUACAUGAGAAAAUGUUGCCCUCCCAAAACAACACGUGUUAAAAACAG